AUGUAUUCCAAGUCAGUCGUUGUUCCAGCGCUCUUUGCUGCUCUCGGAGCCGCUCAAGAUGAUGUCCAGUACGAAACCCGCACAGCAACGAUAACUCAAUGCUUCACCCGCGAUGUCCUACAUCCUACAGCUACCGUCACAGUGCCUGGACCGACAUGCGUGGUUCACAAGCCAGCUGUGACAGGAGAAGCCAUUAUUGUUGAAGUCCAAGCUCCCGACUGUCACUGCGGCUGCCCAACUUGUGUCCAUACUCUUGAGUACACAACCAAGUACCCUGCUUUCUGCUCUACUGGUAUGUUUGAGCAGGAAUAUGUCAUCACGGAGACGUACAGUGGCAUGGAGGCAAAGCCUACCAAGAACGAGCACGAUCUUCCGCAUGGAUUUACGUGUGAAGUUCAGACGUGUACUACUUGUGGCGCUGAGCCUGUUACCGCGACUAUCACGUACCCUGUUCCAGGUCAUUACAUGAAUGAGGUUGCACCAACUGAAAUGCCUAUGGCAACGCCUGGCAAAGAGCAGCCCGGAAAGGAGCAGCCCGGAAAGGAGCAGCCCGGAAAGGAGCAGCCUGGUAAGGAGCAGCCUGGCAACGAGCAGCCUGGCAACGAGCAGCCUGGCAACGAGCAGCCCGGCAACGAGCAGCCCAAGGAUCAGCCUGAGGAGCAAGGAAACUCUGUACCCAAGGUCACUGGAGAAGACAAUGGCUUCCGAUCGAGCGUCAAGCCCAGCGCAGUACCUGAUUCCUCCCAGAGUGCUUCUUCUGGUAAGUUCACCAUCGAUCUUGAGAUAGGUAUCAAAACUAACGCCCAAACAGGAGAAUCCACAGAUCACCCUGUUAUUGUAUCUGGCGCCAUGAGUCAACAUUUGGGACUGGCUGGUGCUGGCAUUGCAUUCUUUGCUCUUAUUCAAUUCUUGUUCCUCUGA